AUGUCUCACCAAUCUCCAUCCUCUUCGGCUGGCAUGGGUGCCUCCUCGAGCCCCUUUGCUGGUACGGAAGCUACUCUGUACUCGCCUGACAUGGCUCGCAAUGUUGGUCCAGGUCAUCAUGGCCGCAACAACAGCCAGGUCACGGUCAUCGCCACCGAGCAGUCGCUUCAUCGUGGCAAUGGUGCGACCGAGAAGCAGAAGGCCAUUCUUCCGCUUCCAGGUUACUACAUGCCAGGUCGAUUCGUCUCUGAGAUCUCCGAGGACAGCUCUCACUUUGUGUCUCGCUACCUCUUCAUCUCGCGUCUGCCAGAUGGUACUCCGGCCGGCUCUGACCUUGAGAUCGAGCUGUUCACGGUCCAGCAUCAGAUGAAGCUUUACGCUUGCUUCGCUACCAGUGUCGCGUACUUCAACCGUGGAGUUCAUCUGCGCUUCGAUGACCUUCAGGAUGCCAUUGAGGCCCGCGAGAUCCUUGAGCAGCAUGAUUUCGUUGUCGACCACAUUACCAACUACGACUAUGCCAAUGCCAAGGGCCAGGACACCGCGCUGGUUGAUGACAAUGAGGGUCAGGUCAAGGUUACUAUCAAGAUCGAGCCCAAGCCCGACCAGGCCAACUUCAGUUUCAGCAACGAGGAUCUCGACGCCAUGAUGACAGCUGUCGGGCUUACCGCCGGCAUCUUCGGUACCCUUCGCAACUGCGUCCACGUUGGCUCCGACCAUGCCCAGUUGCGUCUUGAGUUCCGUCUGGAAUUCAUGUCCCUUGAUGCCGCUCAGCGUGCCGUUCAGUCUCUGCGCCUCGAUCCUGUCUGGGGCAUGAGCGAUGAUAAGACUUUCCAGUGGUUCACCGUCGAUGUUGCUCCUUGGGUCGGCGGACUUGGACUCAACGCACCCCAGGCUAGGCGUCCCAUGGACAACCAGGGUCGCCUUCUCGGUUAUCGCCCUGCCACUUCUGAUCAGCAAGAGCCGCGCCGCGUCGCCCACCCCUUCCGUCAUCCUCAUGACCAGCACAACCGUGUCCGUCGUGAGCGCAUCCUUGACGGUGGCGAUGUUCGUACUACAAUCAUGCUCAGGAACAUCCCGAACAAGUUGGACUGGAUGUCUCUCAAGGCGAUUCUCGAUGAGAACUGCUUUGGCACCUACGACUUCAUGUACCUUCGUAUCGACUUCAAGACCGGAUGCAAUGUUGGCUACGCCUUCAUCAACUUCUCCGAUGUUCGCGGCAUGAUUGCUCUUGUCGACAAGAUCGAAGGCCACGGCUGGACUUCCUUCCACUCAGCCAAGGCCGCCGAGAUCUCCUACGCAACCAUUCAGGGUCGUGAGGCGCUUGUAGGCAAGUUCCGCAACUCUUCGGUCAUGCAGGAGACUCCAUUCUGCCGUCCGCGUCUGUUCUGCACCUACGCCGAGGCUGAUAUCAUGGGCGCACUCCGUAACUCUGGCACUGAGCAGGCGUUCCCUCGUCCCGACAACCUGUCUAAGCUACAGCGCUCCAUGGACAGCGCCCGUAGUAUCGGCCUGUACCCUCCUCAUGGAACCUCGGACGUCACGGAGCAUCGUACUCGCACCAGCACCUACGACCGUGGCACUCCUCGUGACAUGAUCCAGACUGCCGCCGACUUUGCUCGCCAGCGCCUCUUGCCGAUGCCCUUCAACCACCUGCCAGAGUCCAAGAAGCGCGAGAUCGAGGCUUGGUACUCCUACACUGCCGGUCAAGGUCAACUUGGUCGCAUCCCGUUUGAGUACAUUCCCCUGACCCAUGUCAACCAGUACUUCGCCCUGGGCGACCCAGUCGUUCCCCAAGCUCAUGGUGUCGUCGGCGGUCCUGUCGGCGGUCCCUCCAACCCCUUCAUCUAG